GUUUCCAGUUCCACGCGAUCACGUGCCCUCUGAUCACAUGGCCUGGUGACGUCAGCCUCUACGUUCUUCUCGUCUUACUUUGGCUGAAGGUGGGGUGGAUUUGUUCUCGCCUUUUUCGUCUGACCAGGCUGUGCGUGGUUUCCUCAGCGCGGCGGCGGCUGCUGUUACUGCGUGUGUGACUGGGAACAGGUACUUGAACGAACAGGAAAUUGGACGGUUCCCAUUCAAGUCCUUUGCUUCCAGCCUCACGUGCUCCUUAUUAGUUUUGGAUUCAGACACAAUCUAUUUUUCGAGACUAGUACUACAUUGCCCAAGUCGUUUUUGCAUCCAUCCUUAAGCCGAGAUUUAAGAGAGAUGACUUCCCAUCACAGACACGACUCUUCAGGAAUGGGUCUCUCAGCCAAUCCGUCCUUAAACCUACCAACCGGUCAUGGACGGAUGAGCCAAGGUUCAGGUCGCCCUUCCCACUUGAUGAACCCAGGUUCCACCUCUAAGUUUAGUCAUCAAGACUCUCAUGGCAUGUGGUCUACCAACUCUUCUCAAGGCUUACCGCCUAUAUUUGGCCAUGGUAACAGACCUGCUCCCCCUUCAUCUUCUCAGCCCAAGAUUGAACCUGAUGACACCAGUAAGAUUUUGGCCAGCUUUGGUCUUUCUUCCAAGGAUUUGGAUGAAUUGAGUCGCUACCCUGUGGAAAAGAUCACUCCUAAAAAUUUGCCAAAGAUCAUUCUGGAUCUUAAGAAGAAGAGGUCAGAAGAAAUGGCUAAACAGAAUUUGAGAGAGAGGCCUUCUCGUGAGCCAUUGAGAGUUUCUAGUGAUGACACAAGACCCUUCAGAAGAGAUCAUUUUAAUGAUCGCUCAUCAGGUCUUGACACUGUGGUUGACUACGGCCAUGGGAGCCGUUAUGGAGAUCCUGCUUAUCGCGAUAGACUUGAGUUUGAGGGCAGGUUAAGAGAACGGGAGAGGCUUAGAGGAGAGCGUUUCCGAUCUGAUGCGUCUUAUCAUAAGGUUGAUAAUGACUAUAAACGCAUGGGCUUCAGCCAGUCACAAGAAAGAUCUAUGCAUGAACAGACCAGUGGAAUGCCUUACAAUUCAAAAGUUAAUGAUUUGCUUGGAGUGCCACCCAAAGGCUUUCCUUAUCUCUGUUCUCUCUGUGAUAUACAAAUUGUUUCGCAGCAGCAUUGGAAUGACCAUGUUAAGGGUCGGGCACAUAGUAGACAACGCCUCCAGCAGCUUCAAAUAUGCCCAGAAUGGACUGGACCUGUACUUGACUAUUCCCAUACACUGCAGCAGUCCACAAAUGCGGCAGCAGAGGUGCAUGUGGGAGUCGGUCCUAAAGGUGGAAGCGGAGGUCACAUGGGUUCCUUAGGAACUGGAGAUGUGCCUGGACCAAGUCACAUGAAAAAGAGAAAGGGACCUGGCAGAGUGAUUCUUGUCAAAGGCUUUGAGAAGGGAAAGAGAUUGACGUUUGAGCUUCUGAAACUUGCAAAUCCGUUUGGUGUGAUUAGCAACUAUUUGAUUAUAAAUGAUAAGAAUGAGGCUCUCAUUGAAAUGUCCACUCCUGAAGAAGCUAUAGCAAUCAGGGAUUAUUACCGUGCACAUCCAGCUAUUGUACUCGGAAAGAGAGUUGCAGUUUUCAUAUCUCAGAAAUUUAAGUCCGUUAAGAAACCAGAUGGGAAGGCUGACGAAAAAACUAAGCCGAAACCAGGGUUUGGUUCUGUUGUACAUCUCACCAACUUGCCCGUUGCUCACUAUAGUAACGAGGCAGUCACAAAGCUGGCCGAGGCAUAUGGCAAAGUGAAAACGUAUAUAUUAAUGAGACUGAACAAUGAGGCUUUUAUUGAAAUGGAGAAGCUGGAAGACGCUAAUACCAUGGUAGAACAAUGUGCGAAAGUUCCUCUAAUGUUUAAAGGAAGUAUAGUGAAUGUAGAAAUCAGUUCAAGAUAUAAGAAUCUUGUUAUAAAUAUUCCAAACAAGAAGCUGAAGCAAAACCAAAAGAAUAAACAAAAUAGAAUGAAACGCAGUCAGAAUGCUGAAAGUGGCGACGGAGAAAAUACAUCUUCUCAAAUGGUCGCCACAGAGGAUGACUGCCAAGAGGAGACAGAUUCGAAAAAUUCUGUGACCGACUCAUGUGAGCCAGAACUUGAAGAUGAAACUGCCGCUCUCAUGAAAACCAGCAGCUCUGUCGGCGAUGGUGUAGAAAUGGCUGACACAAGUGAGAUUGACAUGAAAGACCUGGCCGAGGAGAAAGCUGAGGCACAAGGACUAAAAGCUUCUACUCCUAUUGCUAAAGUAACGGAUGACAAAAAGAAGAAACCAGAUGUGAAGGCUGACCAGAAACCUAAACCGAAAUCAUUGUUUGGUCGUGUUCUGCAUCUCCGCAACGUCCCCAGUUUUGGCUAUGCUAACUAUGAAUUAAUAAAUCUGGCCAAAGCAUAUGGAAAAGUGAAAACGUAUAUAUUAGCGAGAGUGAAGCGUCAGUGUUAUAUUGAAAUGGAGAAGAUGGAAGACGCGACUACCAUGGUACAACGCUGUGCUGAAAAACCUCUGUUGUUUUACGGAAAGAGAUUGAAAGUAGACAUCUGUAAAAUGGAUGAGAAGCUUGUUCCAAACACUCUGAAGCAGCUGCAGAAAGAAUAUAACAGAAAGAGACCUCACUCACCAGACCGCAAGAAUGGUGCUAAACAGAAGCAGAGGAAGAUGGAGAGCAGACAGAAAGGUGAAAGCAGCGAAGGAGAAAAUAAAUUUUCCACAGAGGAGGCUAAAGUAACGGAUAACAAAAAGAAGAUGGCACACCACUAUCCUGGAGAUAUUGAGGUCUUUGUUACUGUUGAUGACUCUGGCGAUGAAGAGGCAGAGCAAGAAAACGAAGCUGUCGCACAACAGGAACCAGAAAUCGAUGACUCUCCUAUGACUCCAGAAAGUGAAUGUGCUGCUGAAUCAGAGUGCCCCAAAGAUCUUGGGCCCUUUAAACCCAAUAAUCCUGUUGGAGUGGACUAUGUGGUUCCUGGUUUCUAUUGCACGCUCUGUUCCUUAUUCUACACGUGUGAAGAUGUGGCAAAACUUAAACAUUGCAGAAAGUUGUCGCACUAUAAGAAACUGCAGAAAGCUAUACCUAUGUUACCAGAGGUUCCAGAGAAGAAAAAUUAAGCUUUUGAAAGGAUGUUUUGUUUUCUCUCUAUUUUUAUUUUUUUAUUUUGCAUCAUACAAGACUAUGCUAAAUGUUACUGUGUUUUAAUUCAGUUAAAGUUUAAAGUGUUUCAUUCUUUUGUUUUGUUAUAAAAAGACCAAUAGAACAGUUUCAUGUUUUCAAAUAAAUGCUACAAGUUCCUCAUUUGUCACUUGAAAGCCAAGAUCCGACUCUCAAAUGUACCAAUCAUCUCCUGCUGUGAUGAUCAACUUUUCCCCCACCCAGACACUACUUCUCCACUUUGGGACCCGAAGUAAAUAUAUGUUUUGAAAUUGGCCAUUUUGUGUUCUACCAAUAUUCCGGUGAAGUCAGAAACCUCACUGAAGUAUCGACAGUACUCCUGAGGCCCUAAUCCUAGUGAUUUAUCUAGACCAGUGGUUUCCAACCUCUGUCCUCAAGUACCCCAACAGUUCAUGUUUUCCAGGUCAACUAGCAAUUGAACAGGUGUACUCAUUACUCACUGACACAUUUUAAAAGACCAGCAGGUGGAGCAAAUUAUUUAACUUGCACUCCUGUGAGGAGACCUAGAAAACGCAAACUGUUGGGGGUACUUGAGGACCGAGGUUGGGAACCACUGAUCUAGACUGCUUUAUGGAGCAGAAAAUGAUAACUUGAGGUGAGAAAUGGAGAGUAGACCUUUCUGAGAACUUCAUUUUAUCUUGUUACCCUGUGGCCAAAUUAUCAAAUUCCUCUAAGCAGUGUUGCGGACUCUGGAACCCUAGUAAAGAAGCGUUUCCUCUUCUGUGAUCAUGGCAUGGGGUUUCCAGGAAAUUCUACAGAAAUUUGCUUAUUCUUUAUGUACUUGGAACAGUUUCUAAAUAAAUAUUAAUUUUGUUUCUUGGAAACCUAAACCCACCUCAUUAGUGGCUCCAUAUAUUUAUAGAUUAUUAAUUUCUAUUGCCUUUCCCGAGUCUCUAAAAAUCUUCAUAGCUUUUGCUUGUUUGUCUUUAAAAUUUAAAUUUUUGGGCAAAAGCACAGAAUUCAUGAAAAGUCACGGAUCUGUGUGUUCUUGCAGCUGCGUGCAGGGAUGAAAUGGACGAUUAUCUGGGAUUUGGUUUUGCCUGCUUAAAUCAGGUGGAUCAAAAAUCCACGAUCAGUGUUGGCUGCGGUGAUAAUUGAACAGAACUAGGGCGGUUAAUUAGCCAUAGUACAUUAUCAUGACUGACUGAAUAUACCCAUGAGUGUGUUUCUCUUAGAAUAAUGUUGGGAUACUUGUAUAUUCUCUUGAUGUCUCUCAUCCCAAUGAUUGUUUAUUUCUAAGAUACCAGAUAUUUACUUUUAUUGCAUCCAGCCUUAUGCUAUUUGCUUACUACAACAGGGAUAAAGGAAUGUGUGGCACUACAAAUCCCAGUAUGCCCUGCCACAGUUUUGCUGUUGGAGCCUUUUGGGAUGUGUAGUUCUGCAGCAGCUGUGUCCCUGAAGUUAGUUAUCCCUGUACCUAAAAUACCUUUUAUAUAAAAAAAUGUUUUUCUUUUUUUCAUUUCUUGGCCCAUUUUUUUAAAUAUUAAGAGCGUAGGUUGAACAGUGCAAUUUCAUAACUAUUGGGGUGUGAAGACAGGAUUUUGGUACUUACUGAUAAAUCCCUUUCUCAGAUUCCAUAGUGUACACUGGAGUUUACACUGGGGUAUAGAUGAGUGGAGCCUGGCACUUUUAAACUUCUUUAGAAUGUAAGUUUGCUCCUCUAUAGAAACCAAGAGCAUAUAAUGGCAGAAUGAACAUUCACUUUUGUAGUUGGUAUUUUUUAAUAUGAUUUAAAAAGUCAAACAAUUGCAAUAUAAAGAACAUGCAUGCAAUAAAACUAAUUCUUACAUAGUG